AGGAAGUGAAUAACAUAAUGUCUGAUUGCCUAUCGUUUCAUUUCCCUUAAUUUCAAAAUACGGAAAGCCUUAUAUUUCGUUCAAGUCAAAGUGCUUCGGUUUUCCUCGUUUAAAUUAGGGAUAAUAACCCAACUCAACUGUACUUUUAGACUGUCGCCUAGCAUUACACGGAUAUAAUUUCCAUCGCCAUAUUUGUUUUCAUCUGCACAAUUCGUGACAUUUUCACGGUUACAGCUGUGCUGAGGACGAUCUGUUUAUUCUAACCGUCCGUGUCAAUAAUAAUGGGAACAUCUAGUGAAGAAGAUGGUGAAUUGCCACUCAGUCUGUCGAGCAAAAAGCGUUGUCACACGAAAAGAUCGCUUCUAUCUUCUGACUCAGAAGAAGGCGAAAGGAAGGAAAGAUCACCAAGUAAACAGAUAAACAGUGCACACAAGGAAACAUGUGAAGAAGAAAUGCGUAGUGGCGAAUUGAACGCGACCCCCUCCAGCUCGCAGACGCCUCGUAGCUCAGAGAGGCUGCGAAAGAAAUCAUCAUUGACGUUCUCUUUACCAAGCAGAAAAGAAGUACUGAAAUCGAUGUCACCGAAAGGAAAGAGACUCAGGAGUCAGGAGAAAAUAAAGGUGUUGAAGCCUAGAAAACUGGUGAACAAUUUCCUCAGAGAGCGUUCUUCUUAUGUGAGUCGUGGAGAAGGUGGAUAUGACUCAGAUGACAGUGGAAUGUCCGAUUUCAUAAAUGAUGAUGAUGAUGAUGGGGAGGAUGAGGAGGAAUCUACUGCGGAAAGUGACCAAAGCAGUGAUAGUGGCAAGAAGGAUUCUGGAAUCUGUAGAGUCAAAGAAAGCAAAAUAGAGAGGAAAAAGAAAAGAAUACUUGAUAGCUCCGAGGAAGAAAAGGAAACCAAAACAGAGGAGAAAAGGAAAAUACUGCUUGAUAGCUCAGAGGAAGAAAAAGACCAUAAUGAUGAGGCUGUUAAUAAUCCAAAUUUUGUUGAGUCAAACAGAGGCAUUGUGAAUAAACACAAAACAAAAAACAAAAGAAGAAAGCUUAAUAAGUUUAGUGACUCUGAUGAAGACAAUUCUUCAGGAAAUAAGAGAAAUGAAUCUAAAGAAAGCAAUGAUAGUAGUGAAGAUUCUGAAACUGAUAACAUCUGUUCAAGUGAAUCUCCACAUAAGGCUGAAAUCUUGAGGCCCCGUUCACAAAGAGUGAAAAGGCUCAUACAGAAACAGGAAGUUAAAAAUCAUAAAAUGUUUGGUGGUUUAUUAAAGAAAAGGCAAAAAGCUAAACUGGAUCCAAAAGAAAGACUUGCGAAGAGACUUUUGACUGAGGAUGAUGAUGAUGGUGAUUUGCUUAGCAGUGAUGAUUUGUCCAGUAGUGACAGUUGUACUCCCACAUCUAGUGCUCAUAAUGAUCAAGAUCCCCUUAAGGUGGCUGCAGCAUGUUUUGCACAGCUCAGUAAUGAGAUAGAUGAGGAUGAGGAUGGUGAUGACAGAGAUUUCAUUGUCAAGGAUGUUGAGACAUCUGAUGAGGGCAUGAACUCUGAUGGUGCAUCACAAUUUCUCAAGCUCUUGGAUACAUUUGCAGGCAAGCAACAUGAUAAGGAUGACAAUGGAACACAAAAUCAGGAUACAACAGGGAUCUGUGUAGGUGGAAAUCCCUUUUCAAGUAGACGAAAAAGAAGGAAAAAGAAAACAGUAAAGAAAGAACCAACUUGGAAACGGAUUAAGAUAGAGGAUGACAGUGACAAUAGUGCAAAUGAUGAUACAACAGAUACCAUGUCUAGCAGAUAUCAACCCCUUCACAUUGCCAUUCUUGAACAUGAUGUUCCCUUGGUCAAUAAGCUGAUCAAGGAAGAUUCUGAUUGUAUUUAUGAGAUUGCUUUCAGAAAGAGGACUGCUCUACAUUUGGCUGCUUUAGAAGGCCAAGUAGAACUUGUGAAACUGUUACUGAAGCAUGGGGCUGACCAAACAGCUCUGGAUUACUAUCACUUGCCUGCAUUGGCAUAUGCUUUGGAUGGGCAUCCAGAAUGUGUUCAGCUGUUGCUUGGGCAUGCUAAUAUUAAGAACAUUAGUAAAAGUAUCAGGACAAACAAGCAAGAAAUGAACCUGUUGCAUUUUGCUGUGGGAGAAGGCAGAGAUGGAUGUAAUUGUUAUGACAGAGCAAAAUGUCUGGAGCUUUUGUUUCAUGAAGACAAGAAAACAUGCACAAGGCUGUUAUCACUGAGUGAUGUCAGGAAGUUUGUUCCAUUGGUCGCAGCUGUCCAUGCUGGACAACAUGAGUGUGUCCAGGUCUUGUUGAGGAUGGGCGCAGAUAUGAUUUCCUUCAAGACUGAUGAUGGAGGCAACAUACUGCACUUUGCUGUGGAAUGUGCAUCACAUUUCAAAAGCAAAUGGGAACCUACUAAAGACACUUCCUUUUGUCUAAGGGAGCUUUUGAAGGGAUCAAGAUUGCUUAUUGACCAGCCGGAUGAUAAUGGUUUUACUCCAUUGAUGUAUGCCUGUGAAAGUGGUAAUGCGGAGUGUGUCAGGAUACUGCUAGACAAUGGUGCAUUGUGUAGUUUUGUGGACAGUCAUGGCACGUCUAGCCUUCAUCUUGCAGCCAUGUCAGGAGACACAGAGUGUGUUCAACUUCUGCUCAACUCAGGGCACCAGGUUGACUGUGUGGACAAAUAUGGAUGGCCUCCACUGCUUUAUGCUAACUUCAAAGCUCAUGAGAGCUGUGUGCUAGCGCUGAUGAAACCUAAACCAGAGCAAGUGUUUGUACUGGGAGAGCUUCUGAGAAGAGCAAGGAGGGAGUUGGAGAAGAAAAGAACAGUGAAGGUGGUCAAGAAUGUACUGGUGUCAUUGGCCAAUCACGAUGCAUACUACACAGUAUUUAACGAGUUCGUUCGCCAAAAUCCUGAGGUGCUUGAUGAGAACAAUUAUGGACUCCUACAGCAUAUCUGGAGAGCCAUCUUGGAUUUUGAUAACAAGAGGAGGUGGUUUGUAAAGAAGCUGUCACAAAUCAGAUCAACCUCUGGGAAACGUGAACGUUUGCCUUUGGAGAUCGACAGAGCAAAUGUUUUAGGCAGUGCCAUGAACCAGAUGGGGAGAAUACUUGGACAUGCACUGAGACACAGGGAUUUGAUUGUCACAUUUCAGAAUGAACCAGGUAUCUGCACUGGCCCAAAAAGAGAAUUUUUUGCUUGCUUUUGUAAAGAUGUCGUUGACCCCAAAAGACACCUUUUCAUGAUAACAGAUGAUGCCCAGUUCAGCCCGGUGCCGAAUGCUUACUUUGCUAAAUAUUUCAACAAAGAAGCACAGCAAGACACCUCACAAACACCAAGCAGUCAACAGGGGCCAUCAACUGGGAAAGAGGAAUGCCUAUCUAGUGAGUGCACGGACGAAGAAUUGAUGUCAGCCGCGUCACAGGCAGAAGCUCGUUAUGCGAUGGCAGGAAAUGUAGGUCAACCUUUCAAACAACUCAGUGCAGAAGUUGAACGUGGCAUUAGUCUGAGGUCUGAAGGACAAACUGCUUUGGAAAACUUUACUGCAAAUCAAGGAACUGAGGACAGGAUUAAUAUCAGCGAGAGUGUUGCAGCGUCCAAUGAAAGUGGCUGUGACGAAAGAGUCGUAAAAAGGGCUGACACAAGACAUUCAUCUGAGGAGCAGAACAAUGAAAAACGAGCAACGAGGAAUCUCUCCUUGCGCUCUAGACUCAAACAGCUUCGUUUUAUCGGUCGCAUGGUCGGGUUUUCCAUUUUUGAAAAUUUGCUACUGGAUCUUCAUCUCUCCAAACCAUUCGUGAAGCAGAUCCUUGGAAUACCUUUAUCUCACCCAGACGACCUUAGUUCAUUUGAUUACGAGCUCCAUAAGAAUGCAGUGACUUGGUUACAGGAGAACUGUGUGAACGAACUGGACUUGUCAUUUAACGUGGAUGCUCUGAAUCCGUGGAACUCUAAACCAGUCACAAUUGAGCUUAGUGAUGACUGUGAUAAGAAGCUCACAGAUGACAAUAAGGAAGAAUACAGCAAAUUUGUCUCACAAUUCAAACUGGAAAAAUCGAUUAAAGAUGAAGUGGGUGAAUUUACAGGAGGACUUCAUGAGGUUAUUCCACGAGAAUUCCUUUCGCUGUUCACAGCUGACGAAUUUUCGCUGUUGAUUAACGGGGUGGCCAAGCUUGAUGUGGAAGACUGGAAGAAGCAUACCGAGUAUAAGCAGUGCACGGCAGAAGACGACGUUAUAAAAUGGUUUUGGAACAUUGUGACACCGCUAAAAGAAGAAGAAAAAGCUCUGCUGAUGAAAUUUUCCACUGGAUCACCUUGCGUUCCCCUUGGAGGUUUUGCUGCCCUAACGGGUUUGUCAGGUCCUACAAAAUUUACGAUUUCGAAGAUUGCAGGACUCAAUAAAAUUCCUAUGGCAUCCACGUGUUUUAACAUGCUGAAACUGACCAGCUACAGUUCUGAGAAACACCUCAAGGAUAAACUGUUGAUUGCGAUAAGACACGGCGCAGAGGGGUUUUCAUUUUCGUGAGGCACAGAUCCCGCUGUGCUGUACCGCUGUUAUCGCAGUAGUGUCAGUAGUUUUUUUUUUUUCUUGCUCGUACAGCUCGAGACGAAUGAUUAAUGUUUUCACGUGCUUCAGAUCCGAUCUUACAAAUCAUGAUCACCUAAGCAUCGCAUAUGCGACCUUUUAUCUUUUUACCUUUUCUGUAGCAAUGAUAAGAAAAAGUGCAUCUAUAUUGUCAUCUAUUGAGUGAAAUACAUAAUCGAAAAGUAUUAUCGUAAUAUAAAAUUAUAAU